UUUAGCGGUUUUUGGGUCCCUCCUUUCAGAUCGUGUGCAAGACCCCUUUGUCCAGAGGUACGGGUAGAACAGUCUCAAAGGAGCGGUUCUAGGGGAUAAUAUCCAUCGCACUCCGGGCACUGACAGUGGCAGUAUUGUCCAGGUCCCCCGUUUCCAUUUCUCCGUUGUCUGCGCUCGCUUACUUGGAUGGCUGUGCCCACGCUCAUGCACCAGGCUUAGGUGGCCAUGACUGCAGAAGUGGAUAUGGCCCUCAUGCAGGGCUCUGUGACAUUUCAAGAUGUGGCCAUUUCCUUCUCCCAUGAAGAAUGGAAACUUCUUGAUGAGACUCAGAAGCUCCUGUACCUCAGUGUUAUGCUGCAGAACUUUGCACUUAUAAACUCCCAGGGUUGUGGGCAUAGAACAGAAGAUGAAGAGCGGAGGGUUUCUACACGAGCAUCAAAGGCUUUGAGGUCUGAGACCACACCAAAAACUCAGCCCUGUGAAAAGUGUGUCCCGAUUCUGCAAGACAUUUUGUGCCUGCCUGGUCUACCUGGGCAGAAACAUAGUAUAGAGGCAAGUUCAAAAGUUGAUCAGCAUCAAACCCAUGAUAGUACAGGAGAACCCUUGAAGAAGAAUACUGACAAGGCUUCAUACUUGUUCUAUCUGUCAGCAAAAUCCUUCCCCAGUUGGGAUGUUGAAAAGGACCUCCCAGACAUACUGAGCCUUCUGACGUCUCAGGUCUGUCCCAAAACUAAAAAGGCCAGAAAAAGCACUGAGGGUCCUGAAAGUCACAAGUCAGAAGACUGUCAGAGGCAAACACUUGUUCACUACCCAAAAGGCUCCACUGGGAAGAAGCUUCAUGAGUGCAACAAAUGUGGAAAGACCUUCCGUGGCAAAUACUCUCUUGAUCAGCAUCAGAGAGUCCACACUGGAGAGAGACCAUGGGAGUGUAGGGAUUGUGGGAAAUUCUUUAGCCAGACCUCUCACCUGAAUGAUCACCGUAGAAUACACACUGGAGAAAGGCCUUAUGAGUGCAGUGAAUGUGGGAAAUUAUUUAGACAGAACUCCAGUCUUGUUGAUCACCAGAAAACUCAUACUGGAGCAAGACCAUAUGAGUGUAGCCAGUGUGGGAAGUCCUUUAGUCAAAAAGCUACACUUGUUAAACACAAGAGAGUUCACACAGGAGAAAGGCCUUACAAGUGUAGUGAGUGUGGGAAUUCCUUUAGUCAAAGUGCCAUUCUUAACCAACACCGGAGAAUUCACACUGGAGUAAAGCCUUAUGAAUGUAAAGAAUGUGGGAAAUCCUUUAGCCAAAAAGCUACCCUUAUUAAACACCAGCGAGUUCACACUGGAGAAAGGCCUUACAACUGUAGUGUGUGUGGGAAAUCUUUCAGUCAAAGCUCCAUCCUUAUUCAACACCGGAGAAUUCAUACAGGAGCAAGGCCCUAUGAAUGUGACCUGUGCAAAAAGUCCUUUAGCCAAAAGUCUGGCCUUAUUCAGCAUCAGGUAGUUCACACUGGAGAAAGGCCUUAUGAAUGUGACAUGUGUGGGACUUCUUUUAGCCAGUGCUCUAGCCUCAUUCAUCACCAAAAAUGUCAUAAUGCUUAAGAAACCUCAUGAAAAAAGCAAAUGUGGAUAAGCCUUCAACCGAAGGCCUAACAUUAUUUAGCUUCUUCAAAUCCGUACUUGAGAAAAGCCUUAGGUUUAUAGGGA